AUGAACGAAUGCCUCGACCAAUCACAAUGCCGCAGCACUGACAAUCAUCCGGCCAAUCAGAUUUCAUCGUUACUAGAGGAACCAUCUCAAACUCCUCCCCCUCUCCAUCCACGACUCCACGCCAGACAGCAGCAGCAGCAACAACAUUUCAGAAACAUCGACAACGGCAACUACAAUGGCAGCAGUAGCAGUAGCAAUCGCUACUACGACGACGACAAACCGCCACUAUUACCCCCGAGAGAACCACUUUUCAACGUUACAGCGUCAGCAGCAUCUCCAAGGUCGUCAUCUUCGACAUCGUCUUGGUUAUCUUUGACCAUUCCGCCACCAGUUUUUCCGCAAUCUGUAUCUUUCUUACCUACUACCGCGACCACCACAGCCACAACAGCUACUGGCGCUACUAUCACAUCCACAAAUUUGUUUGGUGUUUCUAGUGAUAUAAGUUGUGUAAGUGGUAGCGAGGAUAGUAACUUAAUGUCGAAUCGUAAAAGUUUCCUUCAUAGUAACUUGAUCAACAACAACAACAUCAGCAACAACAACAACAAGGAUGUUGGUUGCAAACAUGAAAAUGAUAACUUGAUAAACUCUUUAAUGUGUCUUACUCUGGCUAACAUCAACAACAACAUCAACAACAACAACAUCAACAACAACAAAUUUUCAGAAAUAAUUAUAAAUAACAACAAUAGGAGUAACAAUAAUAACAUCAAUAAUAAUCGUUCAUUGAAACUGCACAAACUUGAACCGUUGACGUUAAUCAACAUCAACAACCUCUCGCAACAACAACAACAAAACAACAGCAACAACAGUUUUAUUUUCAACAACAACCUGUUGAGAAACAUAACAACAACAACAACAUCAUCAUCAUCAUCAUCUUCCAUCACCAGCAACAACAACAUCAACAACAACAACAUCAUCAACAACAACAACAUCAACGUUGUACCUCUGUCUCAAUGGCCGAUUCCAAUUGUUGUCAUACCAUCCCCCACGUCAACAUCAACAACGACAAUGACGUCAUCGUCAUCGACGACAUCAUCGGCACAGAUGAUGUUGAAUAGUAUACUACUGCAGCAGCGUCAUCAUCGGUCGCAGCAGCAGCAGCAACAACAACAAUACGGACAGAAUUUUGAUUGGCUGACGACGAAAAAAAAGGAUGUAGUAGAGAACGAGUAUGUAGACGGACCCACGUUGAAUAAUCUUUCGUCUAUGGCCACCAUUAGAAGCAGCAGCAUGAACGACGACGGCUACGACUACGCUGAUGACGUUUACAGCCGCAGCCACACCAGCAAUGGCGACGACAAUAAUGGUAAUAGCGACUUCAUCGAGGACGAUGAUGACGACGUCUUUGUCGGAAAUUCUCUCGCUACAAUAACGGCAGCCACAGAAGCGGCGGCAACGUCGUUUUCUACGUUUUUCGCGUCGGCUACGAGACCUGUAACUGUUACCUCACAGCCAGUGAAGGUUCUACAUAAAGAUGCGUCAAGGAAACCAAAUCUAAAGUUAUGUAAUUUAGUGCAGCUAUCGACGGCGACUUCAGCAACUUCAACAGCGACUUCAACGGCGACUCCGACGACAGCGUCAACAGUAAUUAGAAACUUAUCGACUUCACCGACAUCAACUCCACCGCCGACAACAACAACCAUGACAUCAACAACAACAACGACUCACGAACAAAACAUGAAACCAUCGAAACAAACGCGCAAACACCUCAAAAAUCAUUCUUCAUCCUCCGAAUAUCCACCCCAUCUCACCCAGCCAUUAAACCCCAAGCAGCAGCAGCAGCAGCAAGAACACGAACAACAACAGCAGACAUGCACUAAUCCGCUAAUCUGCCCGCAUUGCAAACGAUGUCGUUGCGACAGUUGCACGAGACCAAAGCGUCUACCGAGAACCUGGCUGGGCAGCGCGCGGUGCAGGUUUGAAUGCAGUGCAGAGGAGGCCGUGCGCGUGUGCUCCUGUCUAUGCUUCAUUCAGGCGUUCUUCUACCACUGCUUCUACCAUCCAGAUGACGACGAUGAUUACCUAAUGACGGAGCCAUGCGCCUGUUGCGAAAGACCCAGGUGCUGUCUCAGAUGGGGUUUGAUGACCCUCCUGACCCCUAUUCUACCCUGCCUCUGCUGCUACUGCCCCCUGCAGUGCUGCGUCGACUCACUGACGGCCUGCUACGAUUCGUGCACUAACGAAGGAUGUCGGUGUGAGGGUGGGGCCAGUGAUGGACAGGGAUGUUCCGGCGACAUGGUGGGUAGCGCUGACAGUAACGGACCGAUUUCGAAUACCUCAUCGUCUGGUGUGACUCGAGAUUUGUUGCUCGAGUCUUCAGAGAGUUCUAGUGGAUGA